ACUCAGCUUGCUACGAACAGCGAGUCAUCCAAUCGCAUGCAGAUCACGGAGCAGCUUGGAAGCUGUGGACCUCGCUUCAUCUGCGCGAGCUAACAACUGACUCCACAGGCAUCUCUAUAAAUCAUUGACAUUGACAGUCGAUUGUGUCGGUCUUGCCCCGACAUUCUCGAUAAUACUUGCCAAUAUGACUUCCAACGACAAUACACCUUCCCAAGGGCUGAGUGCCAGCGACAUUGCAGCUGGGUACGUACGUCCAGGCCGUCUCGGGGAUCCAAAUUUGAAGUUCUUCCAGGAACCACGAGCACAUCCCAAGAUAGUUGAAGUGUUUCGUGCUUUUGGAAUCGAUGGUAGCCAGGGUGAUCCAUACGCAGGCGUGAGCCAUGAAGAGCUAUCGUCCACUGCUCAAAUGGCGAAGAGCCAUGCUCAGUCCGAGAAGCUGUACGAAUUAUUGCCGAACGAGCUGCCCGAAGAUCCCCAAGAGAUCGAAAUCAAGCAAGAGACCAUCAAGUUUCCGAGCUUCGAUGGCACCGAGCGCCAAUUGUUCGUUUACAGACCUGCCGAGCAGUCUGGUAAACUCUCUGCUGUAAUCUACAUCCAUGGUGGCGGCAUGGUCCUUCUCAACACCGCGAACAAAAUGCACCGCCGCUGGUGCAAGUCUUUGGCUGUGCAAGGAGUGGUCGUCAUCGCGAUCGAUUUCCGCAAUGCUUGGAAUAAUGGCGAGCAUUGCCCAUUCCCUACCGGACUCAACGACUGUGCUGCGGGAGUGCAAUACAUUUCUGAGCACAGAGAUGAGCUUCAGAUCAGUAACAUUGUGCUCCAAGGCGAAAGCGGAGGCGCCAACCUAUCGCUUGCUACGGCUUUAAAGGCGAAUCGAGAGGGUUGGGUUAGCAAGAUUGCAGGUGUUUACGGCAGUGUUCCAUAUGUCAGCAAUGGUUAUGGCUGGUCACAUUCCCGGAAAGCGAAAGAGCUGCCUUCGCUUGUGGAGUGUGAUGGCUAUUUCCUUCACAACGUUCAAAUGGCCGGAAUGGGUGCCUACUACAGCGGUGCCGACGCAGAAAACCCCCUCGCGUGGCCAUACUACGCCUCACUCGACGACUGCAAAGGUCUCCCACCCCAUAUCUUGACAAUGGACGAGCUUGACCCGUUGAGGGACGAGGGAAUGGCGUACUACCGCAAGCUACUCGCUGCAGGCGUUGAAGUCCAUGCGCAGGUCAACUUGGGCAUCGUGCAUGCUUCCUCUUUGGUGUUCCGACAACUGCUGCCGGAAGUGCACAACAAGGCUAUUCGUGAUAUCGUUGCGUUUGCGAAGAGCUUGUGAUUUAAAUAUCGACAGAGAACUCGACAGUACGAUAGGAUUGACAGGUAUCAAGAGCACGCAAGAUAGUGCAUAAAAUAAAUCCAGACAACCCAAUGUGAACAGACCAAUGUGAGAAGAUUCAGCGAACCUGCCACGCUGUGGACAGCAAAACAGAUACUGAG